UAAACCGCAAAAACCCUGUUUUUCUGUAUUCGAGUAUUCAUAGAUAUCCUCAUUCGCAUUUUCCUACUAAGAAAUACCGGCUCAAAUGGCGGACGGAGCAGCUCAGUUUGACGAUGGAUUUCCGGCGGUUAAAUUAUUUAAUCAAGGUUAUUCUUAUACCUAUGACGAUGUUAUAUUUCUUCCAGGAUACAUAGAUUUUCCGGCCGACGCCGUCGACCUAACCACGAAGCUCAGCCGCAAUGUUUCCCUGUCCAUACCGUGCGUGGCUUCGCCGAUGGAUACAGUUACUGAGUCCUCAAUGGCAGCUGCCAUGGCAGCUCUCGGUGGGAUUGGUAUCGUCCAUUCCAACACCACGCCUUCGCAACAAGCCUCCAUUGUCCGCUCCGCCAAGUCUCACAAGAUCCCGUUUACUGCCGACUUGGUGUUUGUAUCCCCUGGCGAUUCUAUCCACUCCGCGGAUGAGUUCGGCUCGGCUCCCUGCGUUUUUGUUACCGAUUCGGGAACUCAGAGGUCGAAACUGUUGGGUGUGGUGUCGAGGUCUUCCUGGGAGUCUUUGAGUAACAAGGAAGCUAGAGUUUCAGAUUACAUGACGAAGUCGCCGGUGUCAUUGCCCUCGAGCUACAAUUUUGAGGAUGUAGCUGGGUAUUUGGAGGCACAAAAGCUUCAAUUUGUGCCAUUGGUGAGCGAAGUGGAUGGCGAAGUGGUUAAUUUGGUGACCAGUGCUAAUGUGGAUACUAUCAGAGGAUUCCCUAAAUUAGGUUUGCCUUCACUGGGGCCUGAUGGGAAGUUCUUGGUUGGAGCAGCAAUAGGGACGAGGGAUUCAGAUAAAGAGAGGCUAGAGCAUUUGGUGAAAGCAGGGAUUAAUGCUGUGGUUAUAGAUAGCUCUCAAGGAUUCUCUGAAUACCAAAUCAAUAUGAUCAAGUUUGUGAAGAACACAUAUCCUGAGUUGGAUGUCAUUGGAGGAAAUGUGGUAACAACAUAUCAAGCCAGGAGUUUGAUUCAGGCUGGGGUUGAUGGGUUAAGAGUUGGGAUGGGAUCGGGCUCCAUCUGUACCACUCAAGAAGUUUGUGCUGUUGGACGGGGUCAGGCUACAGCUGUAUACAAGGUGUCAUCUGUUGCUGAGGGAAGUGGUAUUCCCAUCAUUGCUGAUGGUGGAAUUAAGAAUUCUGGCCACUUUGUUAAAGCUUUAGCCCUAGGGGCAUCGACUGUGAUGAUGGGAAGCUUCUUAGCUGGAAGCAGUGAAGCUCCUGGUACUUAUGAAUAUACUAAGGAUGGUCUGCGAGUGAAACGAUAUCGAGGGAUGGGAUCAUUAGAUGCAAUGACUAAGGGAAGUGAUGCAAGAUAUUUGGGUGAUAAAGCAAAGUUAAAAAUUGCUCAGGGGGUUGCUGGAACAGUUAAAGACAAGGGUUCUGUUCUGAAGUUUAUACCAUAUACUAUGCAAGCCCUAAAGCAAGGAUUCCAGGACAUCGGUGUUUCGUCCAUCCAAUCAGCCCAUCAGCAUUUGAGAUCAGGGGCAACAAGACUAGAGGUUCGGACUGGAGCAGCACAAACUGAAGGUGGAAUUCAAGAGGGCGGAGCUCAUGGACUGGUUUCUUAUGAAAAGGGGAAAUACUUCUGAAACUGCUCGUGUAGUCCAUGAACUGCUUGUGUUUGAUAGAUUUAACAAUGGUGUAGACCUUCACAUUUCACUAAUAAGUUAUUUAGUGUUGUUUGAACAAUGUAGUGGUUAAAUUAUUUGGUUUAAACAGUGAGAAUUAAGCAGACUUUGUUCUUGAACUCUUUCAGUAUUUUUUAUUUACUUGAAAUGAAAUCAAAUUUUGCAACA